AAUAUCGACCGUGCGUAGUAUUGCCAGCGACCACCAUGCCCGGCUCCACCGUGGUGCUCAUCGGCGCCUUCGUGGCCGCGCUUCUCGGCGUCUCCCUCUCCACCGUCGUCCUCUGCUCCAACCGGCGCCAGGCGCACCACGCGUCACCGUCGCCGUUGCCGUCACAGCGGAGCGUUGUCGACCUCGAGCAUGGCCUGCGGCGGCCGUGCGGGAUCGACAAGGCCGUCCUGUCCACCUACCCGACCAUGGUGUAUUCGUCGGCUGCGAGCCGAAGGGGCCAAGGCCAGAGCCAGAUGGCUGCCGCCGCGGCCACCGCGUCGGUCGAACAUGGCCAGGCGCAGGGAGACACGACGUGUUCGGUGUGUCUGGCGGAGUAUGCAGACGGCGACGAGCUCCGGUGGCUGCCCGGGUGCCGGCAUGCGUUCCACCGGUCGUGCGUCGACGAAUGGCUGCGCCGGCGGCCGAGCUGCCCGCUCUGCCGCACGUAGCCUCCAGGCAUGCAUGCAAUAGGUAGCGCAUGGGUCGAAUGAAUCACACAUUUGUGUUCAUUCCUUGACUUUAUUUAUUCAGUGCACAA